UGAAAUGCUUGGUGCCUUUUUCCUGCUGGUCUCCACAAUUACUACCUCCGGAAGAUGCCGCAGUGCCGCAUCGUCCAACUGGUACUGACUCGGGGGACUAGCCUAUCGUCUCUUCAUUGCAAAGACACACUAUUCUGCGAAGAUUACUGUUGAUCAUCUGAAGUCUUGCUGAAAUGGAGAAACCAUCUCAGCCAGCCUCGCUUCCUCUGACCAGGGCCUCGAUCGUAGUCGCCCACGAGGCUAUCAAACCUGUAAUCCAUCGCACGCCGAUCUUCAGCUCAUCGACGCUAUCAGCGUCCCUGCCAAACAAGAACACGCUCUAUUUCAAAGCAGAGAACCUUCAGAAGGGCGGUGCCUUCAAGUUCCGCGGCGCGAGCUUCAGUCUCAGCCAACUCACGCAGGAAGAGCUCGCCAAGGGCGUGUGCACGCAUAGCUCAGGGAACCAUGCCGGCGCGCUAGCCCUCGCAGCAAGGGAACGCGGAGUCAAAUGCUAUGUCGUGAUGCCAGACAACUCCGCCACGCCCAAGGUGGACGCCGUCAGAGCAUACGGCGCAGAGAUCACCUUCUGCGCGGCGAACGCCCCCGCCCGCGCCGCGACGCUCGCGGAGGUGCAGGCCCGCACGGGCGCGACGUUCGUGCCGCCAUACGACGCCGCGCACACGAUCCUCGGCCAGGGCACCGCGCUGCUCGAGCUCCUCGCGCAGGCACCCGAGCCCCUCGCCGCGGUCGUCGCGCCCGUCGGCGGCGGCGGCCUCCUCGCGGGGACCGCGCUCGCCGCGGAGGGCACGGGCGUCAGGGUGUUCGGCGCGGAGCCCGCGGGCGCGGACGAUUGUGCGAGGGGCCUGGGUGAGGGACGGAGGAGGGAGGACGUCAAGGCGGAGACGAUCGCGGACGGGCUGCGCACCCCCGUGGGCGUGCUGAACUUCCCGAUUAUCCAGGAGAAGGUCGAGCGCGUCAUCGUGGUUUCUGACGAGGAAAUCGUGGACGCGAUGCGCCUCAUUUGGGAGCGCCUGAAGCUCGUUGUCGAACCGAGUGGCGCGACCGCGUUCGCAGCGGUCCGGAGCAAGGCGUUCCAGGAGCUCGGUGUCGCAGGGCCUGUCGGUGUCAUCAUUAGCGGCGGCAACAUCGACCUGUCCCAGCCGCUGCCCUGGUCCCGAUGAAGACGUCCCUAUAGACCCGUCCCUCAUUAGGGCUCUAUGCAACGUCAUGCGGGGCGUCAGAUGCAGAAUGGAAGAUGUCUUGGACCCGAAGAACACACAAGUACCCCUGAUUUGCUAUCUCUGUCAAAUAUUCCGAACACAGUUUGCAGGCUACUCGUCUCCGCGAAGUUGCACGACGCCUUCUUCUCUCUUCGGAUCCCCGCACCCGCAUCCGCGUGCCGUAUCGCCGUGGUUGACACUGAUAAUGACAGAUCCUUUCAUCUAUGGCAGCUGUCAUUCCCUAGUCUCUCUGCUAACAGUGACGGCGUGCCUGUCCAUGUGUGGUAUGUCGCCGUCCUCAGGCUGUACGGUUUCGACGGGCAAGCUCAAGGCUUGAUUACCGCACGCAUGUAGUCUAGUGACUACUAUGUACUAGUGUUAGUUCCGACCUCGGAGUAUCACUUGCGAUCUGCCAUAUGAAAGAGUCGCUCAGGAA